UUCUGUUUCAAAGUCAAGAAAAAUUCUCUUUUUUAUUUAAGUCAUUCAUUCUUAAAUUACUUUUAUUAAUUUUUUUUUUUUUAAACUUAAUUUUUAUGUUCAUUUUUCUAAUUCCCUCCUUUCUGUAUCACACCGUCUUUUAUUCUCUCUUUCUAGAUAUUUGGCUUCAAAUCGGCCAUUUUAGAACCGUCUCAAGAUUGGGUUUGUAAUCCAGGUCGAGAUCGAGCACCAUGUAAAGAAUGCCGGUGAGAUUACGAUGAAUACAGCUUUUUGGCGAGUCAGCUUUUGACGGGUUUGGGUCGCUUUUGUGUUUUGGAAUUGUGAACAUCGCUUGAUUUUUGGAAAAAAUCGAUCCCUGUGAAUUAAUUCGGCUUAUGGUUGGUUGUUUUGGCAACCCCAGCUGUUGAUUCGUAAAAAGGUUUGGUUUUUCUCAUUUGUUGAUCGUUAUCUAGUAUUGGGUGUCGUUUUGUUCGAGGAUUUUGUCUGGUUUUGGUGGUUGUUUUUGGAUUCCUGUUUAUAUUUACUAAAAUGGGUUUGAGAAGCUUUUGGCUAUGGUAGAGAGGAUUGUGUUGUAGGCGGUUUUUUUUUUUGGUAGAAAUGAAAAGACCAAAAGGUGAACCUCUGGUGUCUAGGAGGUUCAGAUUAUCACACCUUUUGUUGGUUUUAGCGGCAUUAUACUUGGUUUUCAUAUCGUUUAAGUUUCCCCAGUUUUUAGAAAGUGCAGCAGUGUUGAAUGGUGAUGAUAGUUAUAUUGAAUUGGAUGGAACAAAGGUGAGGGAUUCUGAAGAUGCAGAUAUAAACAAACCUUUUUUCAGUUCUGUUUAUAAGGAUACAUUUCACCGGAAAUUAGAAGAUAACCAAAACCAAGAUGCCCCAGUCAGGCCUAAUGAGGAACCAUUGGAAGAGGGGAGAAAUGGCUCUGCACCUAUAAGACCGCUUCAACAUCGGUAUGGUCGAAUAACUGGUGAUAUUAUGAAACGGAGGAAUAGGACGAAUAAUUUGUCGAUGCUUGAGAGAAUGGCAGAUGAGGCUUGGACAUUAGGCUUGAAGGCUUGGGAGGAGUUAGAUAAACUUGAUGUAAAGGAGGCUGCUGAGACCUCUAUAAUGGAGGGAAAGCCGGAGUCGUGUCCUUCAUGGUUAUCAAUGAGCGGAGAAGAAUUGGCAGUGGGAGAUAGAGUGAUGUUCCUUCCUUGUGGGCUUGCUGCUGGUUCUUCUAUUACUGUAGUGGGAACACCUCAUUAUGCUCAUCAGGAGUUUGUGCCCCAGCUCGCAAAGUUGAGGCGUGGCGAUCCACUGGUUAUGGUUUCACAAUUCAUGGUUGAAUUGCAAGGUUUGAAGGCAGUGGAUGGAGAGGACCCACCGAAGAUUAUGCACUUGAAUCCUCGACUGAAAGGAGAUUGGAGCCACAGACCAGUCAUAGAGCACAACACCUGUUACAGGAUGCAAUGGGGGGGAGCUCAAAGGUGUGAUGGUUUACCAUCAAAAAGUGACGAAGACAUGCUUGUUGAUGGAUUUCGGAGAUGUGAAAAGUGGAUGAGGAAUGAUAUUGUAGAUUCAAAGGAGUCCAAGACAACCUCAUGGUUCAAGCGAUUCAUAGGGCGUGAGCAAAAGCCAGAAGUGACCUGGCCAUUUCCAUUUGUGGAGGGUAGACUCUUUGUUUUGACCAUACGUGCUGGUGUAGAAGGAUAUCAUAUUACUGUUGGGGGUAGGCAUGUGACCUCAUUUCCAUAUCGAACGGGUUUUACACUUGAAGAUGCAACAGGAUUAGCAGUUAAAGGAGAAGUGGAUAUUCAUUCAGUUUAUGCUACAUCUCUGCCUGCUUCACAUCCAAGUUUCUCCCCUCGAAGAGUAUUAGAAAUGUCGGAGAAGUGGAAAUCCCAUCCUGUACCUAAAAACCCUGUGCAAGUUUUCAUUGGAGUUCUCUCUGCUACCAAUCACUUCGCAGAGCGGAUGGCUGUGAGAAAAACUUGGAUGCAAUCAUCAGCAAUCAAAUCUUCACGUGUAGUUGUACGCUUCUUUGUUGCACUGAAUCCAAGGAAGGAGGUGAAUUUGAUGAUGAAGAAGGAGGCUGCUUACUUCGGUGAUAUUGUGAUUUUACCCUUCAUGGAUCGCUAUGAGCUUGUUGUUCUUAAAACUAUUGCUAUUUGUGAGUAUGGGGUUCAGAAUGUGACGGCUGCAUACAUCAUGAAGUGUGAUGAUGACACAUUUAUAAGGGUGGACACUGUUUUGAAAGAGAUUGAGGGCGUAUCUCGAAAAAAGUCUCUUUAUAUGGGCAAUCUCAACCUCUUGCAUCGGCCUCUUAGAAGUGGUAAAUGGGCGGUAACUUAUGAGGAAUGGCCAGAAGAAGCUUAUCCUCCAUAUGCCAAUGGGCCUGGAUACAUAAUUUCAAGUGACAUUGCUAAGUUUGUUGUGUCUCAACAUGGAAACAGAAGCCUAAGGCUUUUCAAGAUGGAAGAUGUGAGCAUGGGAAUGUGGGUUGAGCAAUUCAACAGUUCGAUCUCAGCCGUCCAAUAUUCUCAUAACUGGAAGUUUUGUCAGUAUGGAUGUUUAGUAGAUUAUUAUACUGCACAUUACCAAUCCCCAAGGCAAAUGAUCUGUCUUUGGGAUAAGUUGGCUAGAGGUCAAGCUCAUUGUUGUAACUUUAGAUAGAAAAAGAAAGAAGCAUUUGAGCUUUGUUAAAAGUAUUAUGCCACUCUUCUGUCCUCUCCCUCUCUCUCUCUCUCUCUCUUGUAUUCUUUCUUUUGCUUUAUUUUUAGUUUUUAUUUUUGUCCAUAUGUUCCAUUAAGUUAAGAAUCUUAUCAAUGAAUUUUGAAAGCAGUGAGUAAUUGCCUGCUGAUUUUUGCCCCUA